AAUCCAAAUAAAUCUGUGGAUGAAACGAAGAAUCCCAGAUUUCUGAAUGGCGACACCAUUUAUAGCGGGGGUUGCAGUAGCUGCAACAGCACUUGCUGGUAGAUAUGGAAUCCAAGCAUGGCAAGCAUUCAAGGCAAGGCCACCAAGGCCCAAAAUUAAGAAAUUCUAUGACGGCGGUUUCCAGCCUACAAUGACGAAAAGGGAAGCUGCUCUUAUUCUUGGCAUCAGGGAGAAUGUAGCGGCGGAGAAGGUGAAGGAAGCACACAGGAAGGUAAUGGUUGCAAACCAUCCAGAUGCAGGUGGUAGCCAUUUCCUGGCUUCUAAGAUCAAUGAAGCUAAAGACGUGAUGCUCGGCAAAACUAAAAACAGCGGAUCCGCUUUUUGAUGCAUAUUUCAAUCAAAAACUCCUUAUGAUCAUCUUAUGUUAUAGAACCUGCAUUGUUAAAGUUCAGAUUGUAUGCUAAAUUGUACGCUUGUGGUCUGUUUGUGAUGCACUAAAAGACUCGAAUCUUU